UUGCCCAGUACAGACCUGCGCUGACUGACGAGCGGGAGAAUUUGGUUUCCAAAUAAGAACAAAUAUUGCUACUAGUUACGAAACGUAGAAUAAACAUCACGUUUCAGUAAAUCAAAAUGGCUAUGAGGAGUGAAUCCAGAGUGGAGGCAGAAGUAGAGGAAGAGGAAAGCUUUGGACCACAGCCUCUAAACAGAUUAGAGCAAUGUGGUGUCAGUGCCAGUGACAUAAAGAAACUGGAGGAUGCAGGCUUUCAUACGAUCGAGGCAGUGGCAUAUGCACCCAAGAAAGAGCUGCUCAAUAUCAAAGGCAUCAGUGAGGCCAAAGCAGAUAAAGUUCUGGCUGAGGCUGCUAAACUAGUGCCCAUGGGCUUCACCACUGCUACAGAGUUCCACCAGCGACGCGCUGAGAUAAUCCAGAUCUCCACUGGUUCCAAAGAGUUAGACAAACUGCUUCAAGGUGGGAUUGAGACUGGCUCUAUCACAGAGAUGUUUGGAGAGUUCCGAACAGGGAAGACACAGCUGUGCCACACCCUGGCAGUCACUUGUCAGUUGCCUAUUGACCAGGGUGGCGGAGAGGGCAAAGCCAUGUACAUCGACACAGAAGGGACUUUUAGGCCAGAGAGACUCCUGGCUGUAGCUGAGAGGUAUGGGCUGGUGGGGAGUGAUGUGCUGGAUAACGUGGCGUAUGCCCGGGCCUUUAACACAGACCACCAGACCCAGCUCCUGUACCAGGCGUCCGCCAUGAUGGCUGAGUCCAGGUAUGCUUUGCUGAUAGUGGACAGUGCCACAGCCCUCUAUAGGACAGACUACUCCGGUAGAGGUGAGCUGUCGGCCAGACAAGGCCAUCUGGGACGUUUCUUACGGAUGCUGCUGAGGCUCGCAGACGAGUUUGGCGUCGCCGUGGUGAUCACCAACCAGGUGGUAGCCCAGGUGGACGGAGCAGCCAUGUUCUCAGCAGACCCCAAGAAACCCAUUGGGGGCAACAUCAUGGCACAUGCCUCCACGACGCGACUUUACCUAAGGAAAGGCAGAGGGGAGACCAGGAUCUGUAAAAUCUAUGACUCGCCCUGCCUCCCCGAGUCAGAAGCCAUGUUCGCCAUCAACCCUGACGGAGUGGGUGACGCCAAGGACUGAGCAGGCGCCAUACUGGGAGGGAGGCACAAGGCUGGUCAUGUGACUUGUGCCUACUCACCUUCUCACCAACCCAAGCACCCAUUGCACAACAGCACACUUUCGUAGUGUGCACAAUAUUCCCCUGAUAACAGGCCUGAGAUGACAGGUAGAUUAGGGAGGUACAGGCCCCAAAAGUUGGACCAUUGUAAUGCAGAGAGAAGCAGGGCUGUCCACAGUCCAUUCUGUGGGAACACAUUGUAUAGAGAAUUUCACAGUUUUUUGUGCUUUGGUCUAAAGUGACGCACAAAAAAGCCCACACUAUAAGAACCUAUGUCUUAUUAAGGUUUUGUGAGGGAUAGUGGGCUAAAGGAAAAAAAACAGCAUUUAUUAGAUCUUGUUGAAAAUCCUCUGGAUGGUUUUUGUUAUAUUAUUUGAAAAUGUAUUUGUGAUCCUGUGUUUUGUGUGUGGUUUCUAGCAGUCUGGUUUCCUUGCUGUUUGAUCUAAACAUUACAAUGACUACUAAAUGUAUUAUUGAAGAGCAGUUGCUUGACCAAAAGACUAGUUGUCCACACAGUACAUUAUUUAACAUUGUGUGCCCUGUCAAUUCUAAAACUAUUCUUUUCAUUAAAUGUUAUGUGUUUUCUUCA